UGAAAUAGCAAAAAAGGCAAUAUAUGGAGACUAAUGUAACGAAUAAAUAAAGCAAAAUUAAGGAAGAUAGCAAUACAUGACACUCUAACGGGAUCAGCUGAUAGAAGGAGAAUCAACAAGUGGUCUUUAGUCGCCAGGCGGAGGGCAAGGAGCUGUUUUUGCGCACAUUUAGAAUCUGAAGACAAUCUACAGUAAUGGCAGGGCAGUUUGCAAGUGUCGAGGAGUGUCUGGAGAAAAAUAUCCCCGAGCAGGAACUGAAGGAAGUGAAGAGGAUCUUGUAUGGGAAGGAACUCCCGACAAUUACAAUCCCUGAGUCGGCGGAGAAGCUAGCUGCGCAACACAACUUUGACAUACAAGGCUAUGCCAUCCCUACAGCAAAGGAAGAACUGACACCACCAAGGAUUGUGCGAGUUGGUGUGAUUCAGAAUGCCAUUGUCAAGGAAACCACAGCUCCAAUUGCUGAGCAGAGGGCAGCUCUACAUGCAAGGAUUUCAUGCAUGACAGAAGCUGCAGCACUGUGUGGAGUCAACAUUAUUUGUUUCCAAGAAGCCUGGACAAUGCCUUUUGCCUUCUGUACUCGUGAAAAGCAGCCUUGGUGUGAGUUUGCCGAGAACCCUGAUAAUGGUCCAACCACCCAGCUUUGUCAGGAGCUUGCCCGCAAGUUCAACAUGGUGAUUGUUUCACCCAUUCUGGAGAGGGAUGAAAUCCACGGUGACACUCUUUGGAACACGGCUGUUGUUAUCAGCAACACAGGCUACGUUCUUGGCAAGUCACGUAAGAACCACAUCCCAAGAGUUGGUGAUUUCAACGAAUCUACCUACUAUAUGGAAGGAGAUACAGGUCACACAGUGUUCCAGACACAGUUUGGACGAAUCGCAAUCAACAUUUGUUAUGGACGGCAUCACCCACAGAACUGGAUGAUGUAUGGGGUGAAUGGAGCAGAGAUUGUUUUCAAUCCAUCUGCCACUGUAGGUGGAUUAAGUGAACCCAUGUGGGGGAUUGAGGCCCGAAAUGCUGCCAUCGCUAACAGCUACUUCUCUUGUGCUAUCAACCGUGUUGGCACAGAGACCUUCCCCAAUGAAUUUACUUCAGCUGAUGGCAAAGCAGCACACAAGGACUUCGGCCAUUUCUAUGGCUCUUCUUAUGUUGCGGCUCCCGAUGGCUCUCGAACACCGGGAUUGUCAAGGAUCCGUGAUGGGCUCUUGGUGACAGAGUUGGACUUAAAUCUCUGCCGUCAAGUAAAGGACCGCUGGGGCUUUAGGAUGACUCAACGCCUGGACCUCUAUGCAUCUUCCCUGACUGCAGCCAUUCAUCCAGAUUACCAGCCACCAAUUAUCAAAGAUGUUUGCUAAAUGACUGGCUGCUAUGUAAUUUUUUUCUUUAUUUCCUUUUUUGUUAUAUUUGAUGAGGUGGGAGCAGUGCAAUCUUUCUUUAAAGCUUCAAGAAACAAAUGAUGAUCAUGAAGGGAAAUGUAAUGCCAUACCAUAUUUUAAGUAGAUGUGAUCCUGUCUAGGUGCUAAAAUGUUGGCUUGAAUCUGAAAAAAGGUAGUAAUAAGGAGAAUGGGUCUUA